AUGUCGAGGUGGGGAAGUGGCUUGCUCCCAGCCCUGUUGCUCGCGGCCAUGCUGCUAUGUGCGUGGCCGCUGGUGGUGGUCGGAGAAGACGCACCUCAAGCUUACGCAUACCCAGCACCUAAGCCAUUUAUAGAAGGUACACAACAUGUCUCAUUCACAUUGUUUCUGUUCAAAUUUUGGUUUUCGAUCCAUGUGCAGGCAAUCCAGGGAGCAGAGGACCUUGCUCUAGACCAUGCCAGCCUACGCAUCCUUGUACUGUUCCUCCGUGUCCUCGUCCGCGACCUUGUCCGCCUGGCUCGACUUGAACAGUUCGUCCAAUUUCGUACAACCGGUAGAAUAGUAGGUCCGGCCAGAUCCAGUUAA